AUGUUGUAUCUUGUAGGACUAGGUCUUGGUGAUGAAAAAGAUAUUAGUGUAAAGGGCUUAGAGAUUAUUCGGCAAUGUUAUAAAGUAUAUUUGGAAGCGUAUACGAGUUUAUUAGGUGUUGAUAAGGAAAAGUUGGAAGAAUUUUAUGGUCGUUCACUUAUUAUUGCAAAUAGAGAAAUGGUAGAACAAGACAGUGAUGUUUUGUUACAAGAUGCAUAUAAGACAGAUAUAGCACUAUUGGUUGUGGGUGAUUCCUUAAGUGCAACUACCCAUAUAGAUUUAUUGUUGAGAGCACGCCAAAAGGGUAUUUUGACGCAGAUUGUGCACAAUGCAUCUAUAAUGAAUGCAGUUAGUGCAGUGGGUCUGCAAUUAUAUAAUUUUGGACAAACAGUUUCUUUAGUCUUUUUUACAGAAACAUGGAAGCCUAAUAGUAUUUAUUUUCGAAUUAAAGAAAACAGAGAUUUGGGGCUUCAUACAUUAAUUUUGUUAGACUUACGUAUAAAUGAACCUUCAUUUGAAAGUUUAGCAAGAGGAAAAAAAAAUUAUGAGUCACCUCGUUAUAUGAGUAUUUCACAUGCAAUUGGACAGAUGUUAGAAUUGGAGUUUUUAUGUGGUAGAAAAGUGUAUGAUGAAUCAACAUUGGCUAUAGGUGUAGCAAGAAUUGGAUCAUCUACUGAAAAGAUAGUUGCAGGGUCUUUUAAACAAUUGGCUAGUGUUGAUUUUGGUUCACCUUUGCAUUCUUUAAUUUUGUUUGGGCACCGAAUACAUAUUUUGGAAAUUGAAUAUAUAAGAGCUUAUGCGUUAGAUACUGAAGUGUUUGAUGCAUUAGUACAGCAACAGUUUCCUUCCGUUAGUAAGAUAUAA